AUGAGUGAGCACAUUUCAGCCAUAUUUCAAAGAAAUUUACCACCUAAAUGUAGAGAUUCAGGUAUGUUCAUUGUCUCUUGUAUUAUAGGUGAGCUUACAUCUCAAAAAGCCAUGUUAGACUUAGAGGCAUCAAUCAAUGUAAUUUCAUAUUCACUAUAUAAGUCUUUGAAACUUGGUACAUUGCAUGAAACAAGUUUUGUGAUACAAUUAGCUAACAGGUCUAAUGCAUAUCCUAAGGAAAUAGUAGAGGAUGUCUUAGUUAAAGUAGGGGAUCUUAUAUUUCCUGCUGAUUUUUAUGUUUUAGAUAUGGAACAUGAUAAACAUGUAGCACCUAUCUUUCUAGGUAGACCUUUCAUGAAAACUACCAAGACUAAGAUUGAUGUAGAUAUAGGAUCACUUAUCAUGGAAUUUGAUGGAUCACUUAUAUUUCCUAAGGACCAUUUUUGUUUUGCUAUUGAUUUAGUUGAUACCUCUAGUCAAGAUAUGUUUGAUAUAGAUGGCCAAGAAAAACUCAAAGAAGUUUUGCAAGAUUUGAAGAAGCAAGAACAAUUCCCACUUCUUCCUUCUCAUUUAGAGCCAUUAUCACUAACCAUACCCAAGGAGAAUUUGUUACCAUCUAUUUUGCAUGCACCCAAGGUAGCACUUAAGCCAUUACCCGAACAUUUGAAGUAUGUAUUCUUUGGGGAGAAUGAGACCUUGCCAUUAAUUAUUUCAAGCAAGUUGACAAGAGAGCAAGAGAACAAGUUGGUUGAUGUCCUAAAGCAACAUAAGGAGGCCAUGGGAUGGUCGAUUGCAGACAUCAAGGGCAUAAGUCCUACUACAUGCAUUGAUCGGAUUUUUUCGAAAAAUGAUGCCAAGCCAGUAAGAAAACCCUAA